AUCAAUGACAGGUCCCUGGAUAGUGAAAAUGAGGAGACAAAAGUUGAGUCUGCUUUUUGUACUGUGUUGUGUGGGGAGCGUGUCAUGUGUCACUAGGGAGUAUUACCUUGGAAUUAAGGAGAUUCAGUGGGACUAUGCUCCCAGCGGAAAAAACCUCAUCCAAAACACAACCCUGAAAGAAGAUGAACACGCGGCAACGUUCUUGGAAAGAGGAGAGCAGCGGAUUGGACGAGUGUAUAAGAAAGCCGUGUAUCUGCAGUACACGGACGCCACCUACAGGCAGGAGAUAGAAAAGCCCAAAUGGCUGGGUUUCCUCGGCCCUCUGAUCAGCGCUGAAGAGGGGGAUGAGAUUGUCGUGCACCUUAAGAACAUGGCUUCACGCCCGUACACCAUCCACCCACACGGCUUGUUCUACAACAAAUCCCACGAAGGUGCAUUGUACCCUGACCAUACCAAACCAGAGGACAAACAGGAUGAUGCCGUGGCGCCUGGGAAGACCUACACCUACAACUGGGUCCUAUCAUCAGCCCACGCACCCAGUAAAGACGAUACCAACUGCCUGACCCGGGUUUACCACUCCCAUCUCAAUGCCCCGAAAGAUAUCGCCUCUGGUCUGAUUGGCCCUCUCGUCAUUUGUAAGAAAGGGACUCUGGAUGUCCACGGUGAUAAGUCAGAGGACUACCUAUAUGCUCUGCUCUUUAUGGUCUUUGAUGAGAACCUCAGCUGGUAUCUGGAUGACAACAUUAAGACCUACUGCACAGCACCCACCAAAGUCAACAAGGAUGACGAGGACUUCCUGGAGAGCAAUAAAAUGCACGGCAUCAACGGCUACGUGUAUGGAAACCUUCCCGGCCUCAGCAUGUGCAUGGGGAACAAGAUUCACUGGCAUCUGCUCGGGAUGGGCAACGAGGUCGACAUCCACUCCGCGUUCUUCCACGGCCAGAUCCUAACCGAACGCGGACACCACCUGGAUACCGUCAGCCUGUUCCCGGCCACGUUUGUUAAUGCGGAGAUGGAGGCGGACAACCCUGGCCAAUGGCUGCUCAGCUGCCAGGUCAACGAUCACUUGCAGGCUGGCAUGCAGGCCUUUUUUGAAAUAAAGAGAUGCUUCCCUGAGCCACACAAACCCAGACCGUUUGGGGAGACCAGACAGUACUACAUAGCAGCAGAGGAGAUCACCUGGGACUACGGGCCAACACAGAUAAACCAGUACACCGGAAAUCCCCUAAAGUCGGACAGUGAUUCUGAGGUCUUCUUCGUGACUGGUGACGAUCGCAUUGGAGGGAAAUACAAGAAGGUUCAGUACGUGGAAUACACAGACGAAACCUUUACCAAACGCAAGGAGAGGCCGUCAGAGGAGCAGCACCUGGGCAUUCUAGGGCCAGUUAUAAGGGCAGAAGAAGAGGACACUAUAAAAGUGGUUUUUAAAAACAAGGCCAGCAGACCCUACAGCAUUCAGCCACAUGGGGUCCAGUACAGUGUGGAACAUGAUGGCACACUAUACCAGAAUGCUCUGGAAGAAUCUUACACCGCUAAAAAGCUACGAGAACUCAAGAAACAGCCAAGAGUCAUAACCCCACUGCCAGCUGCUCUGGUCCAACCUGGCACUACCUACACCUACCAGUGGGUGGUGCCCAAGGGUGGAGGUCCCACGGCUGAUGAUGCUGACUGCAUCACCCAUCUGUACUACUCUGCCGUGGACCCUGUCCGGGACACCAGCUCUGGACUGGUCGGACCCCUACUGGUGUGCAAGCCCAAAACUCUGAAAUCAGGAAAACAAAAAAAUGUCGAUAAAGAGUUCCACCUACUUGCUACUGUUUUUGACGAGAAUCUAAGCUGGUAUUUGGAUGACAACAUUAAGACAUACACAAAAUCACCUAAAACUGUCAACAAGGAUGAUGAGGACUUCCAGGAAUCCAAUAAAAUGCACUCGAUCAAUGGAUACAUGUAUGGAAACCUUCCAGGCCUGAGCAUGUGUAAAGGGAACAAAGUGUCGUGGCAUCUCUCCGGGCUGGGUUCAGAGGCUGACAUCCAUGGGCUGUAUUUCCAUGGCAACAGGUUCACUUACAGAGGGACCAGGAAAGACACCAUCAACCUUUUCCCUCAUAUCUCUCACACAGUUAUAAUGGAGCCUGACAGCAUGGGACAAUUUGAGGUGGUCUGUCAAACCACGGACCACUACCACGGCGGCAUGCGAGCGAACUACACUGUGGAGAAGUGUCACUUCUGGCAAAAGCAGUCAGAGAUCAUGCUCCAGCAGAAGAAAUACUACAUCGCUGCCGUGGAGAUGGAAUGGGACUACUCCCCAUCUCGGGCCUUUGAGGAGAAAGAACACGGCGGUCACAAAGACAGCCCAGGCAACACCUUCCUUGACAAAGGUGAGAAAUCCAUUGGUUCCAAGUACAAAAAGGUUCUGUACAGGGAGUACACAGAUGACUCGUUCAAAAAACUGAAGGAGAGACCUGCAGAUUUACAACACCUUGGAAUCCUGGGGCCCAUGAUCCAUGGGGAUGUGGGUGAGAAAGUGAAGAUUGUCUUUAAAAACAUGGCCAGCCGGCCCUACUCCAUCCACGCACACGGAGUGAAGACAGACAGUCCCAAAGUUAUACCUACACCUCCAGGCCAGACUCAAACCUAUACUUGGUACAUUCCAAAGACUGCUGGACCAACUUCUCAGCAGGAAGAAUGCAGUGUGGGCGCAUAUUAUUCAACUGUGGAUGAAAUCAAGGAUCUGUACAGUGGCCUGAUUGGUCCCCUGGUCAUCUGUAGGCGGAGUCUUAUGAGGAAAUUAGGCCUGAAGAAGGAGAUAGAAGAGUUUGCCCUGCUAUUCAUGGUGUUUGAUGAGAAUGAGUCCUGGUACCUAGAUGACAACAUCAAAACUAAUAUCAAAAAUCCCAGUAAAAACUUGAAAGAAGAUGAGGACUUUAUUGAGAGCAACAAAAUGCACGGAAUAAAUGGUCUAGUCUAUGGUAACCUCAAGGGACUGGACAUGCAUGUUGGAGACAAAGUCUACUGGUAUCUAAUGGGAAUGGGGAACGAAGUCGACAUGCACACAGUGCACUUCCACGGCCACAGUUUUGAUUACAAGUUGGGCGGUACCCAUCGCGGAGACGUGUUUGAUCUGUUCCCCGCCACCUUCCAGACGGUAGUGAUGCGCCCGCUGUACCCGGGCACUUGGCUACUCCACUGCCACGUCAAUGACCACAUCAUCGCUGGCAUGAAGACCACGUACACUGUGCAGGAAAAAGACAAAGGACAAAGGAGCAGUAUUUUUGGCAGGAAAUAAAGAAAAUCAUGUACAUAAAUCUGUGAGACUGUGGAGAGCUCAGAGUUUUUUCCUCUCAUUCACUACCAAUACCAUCUUACUGCAGCUAUGUUUGUGUGUGAGCGUUUGACAUGCCUUGGUAAACGGAAAUGAACUUCCUCGGACUGACUGCUGCUAAUUGCAUAGAGGCUACGCUGGGACUGAGCAGGAAGGCGUUGAAAGAGAAAGAGAGAAAAGAAAGGGGAAGGACAGAAAUAGAAAGAGAAUACUGCUAUUAAACGCACAUCUGAGGCAGACGCCACAUACUCAUCGGUCAUCCUGAAAAACAGCUGUGAUGCCAAACAGGCGACUUGUAAAGGUUAUAAUGUCUUUCUUAGUAAUAACUGUAUGCAAAAGUCCUUUUGUAAUUCAAUAAAAAACACUAAAUUAAUAAAAAAAAAAA